GAGGAGAGGGGGGAGGUAAACAGUCUUAAAUCGGAAGGGAGCUGCUUCGCUGUGGUCUUGACAGCGCUUCCCGGGCUCCGCCGGCUCAGUAAUAACUGAAUGACCUUUUCUCUGGCUGCAUUAUGCCUGGCUGGGAAGGGAUUGCGUUCUGCAGCUGAGAGCUGGGGCUUCCUCCAGCUCGGCUCCAGCCGCGCAGCCCGGCUAGUUGUCUGGAGCCAGGACGAGAGAGACAGCCUCGGACUGCAGUUCCCUCAAAGGAGGACACCUGUGGCUCAGAUGCGGUCAGCACCAAUACUUGGGGGGUCCUCGAGGACCUCAUUAUUUUAAACUUAAAAAAUAGAGAUUCCCCCCCGCUUCUUUUUUCAAACAAUGCUUCUUUUUGACCUUUCCCAAGGAGAAGCGCUACAAAGCAGCCACUGUGCUGACUGAACGGCCUCCCCCUGUAUUGCUUGAUUGAGAAGGUAUACAAAUGCUCUCAGUCCAGCCAGACACCAAGCCGAAAGGUUGUGCUGGCUGCAACCGAAAGAUUAAGGACCGGUAUCUUCUAAAGGCACUGGACAAAUAUUGGCAUGAAGACUGCCUGAAGUGUGCCUGCUGUGACUGUCGUUUGGGAGAGGUGGGCUCCACCCUGUACACGAAAGCUAAUCUUAUCCUUUGUCGCAGAGACUAUCUGAGGCUCUUCGGUGUAACAGGAAACUGCGCGGCCUGUAGUAAGCUCAUCCCUGCCUUUGAGAUGGUGAUGAGAGCCAAGGACAACGUCUACCACCUGGACUGCUUCGCCUGUCAGCUUUGUAAUCAGAGAUUUUGUGUUGGAGACAAAUUUUUCUUAAAGAAUAACAUGAUCCUUUGCCAGACAGACUACGAGGAAGGCUUAAUGAAAGAAGGUUACGCACCCCAGGUUCGCUGAUCUAUCAACAUCACCCCAUUAAGAAUACAAAGCACUACAUUCUUUUAUCUUUUUUGCUCCUCAUGUAUAUAAGAAUUGACACCGGAACCUACUGAAUAGCGUAGAUAUAGGGAAACAGGAUGGUUAUAUGGAAUAAAAGGCGGACUGCAUCUGUAUGUAGUGAAAUUGCCCCAGUUCAGAGUUGAAUGUUUAUUAUUAAAGAAAAAAAGUAAUGUACAUAUUGCUGGAUUUUUUUGCUUGCUAUUCGUUUUUGUGUCACUUGGCAUGAGAUGUUUAUUUUGGACUAUUGUAUAUAAUGUAUUGUAAUAUUUGAAGCACAAAUGUAAUACAGUUUUAUUGUGUUACCAUUUGUGUUCUGUUUGCUUCUUUGUAUUGUUGCAUUUAGUACAAUCAGUGUUUAAACUUACUAUAUAUUUAUGCUUUCUGUAUCUACCAGCUAUUUUAAAUGAGCUGUAACUUUCUAGUAAAGAAUUAAAGAGCAAAUCUCACUAAUGAUACACAGAUAGAUAAAGCAAGUCUAUCAACAUUUAAAAAUACUAAAAAAUAAAGACACACAAAGCAUUUUAGGGACAUCCACUACUUUUUGCCACUACGAUUUAGAGUCUAUCAGUGUUCUCAUUAUAACCCCCUAUUUUCAGGGGGUUAAAAAUCAGCUUUAAAAAAUACAUAAAAAUUCAUCUUAAAGCACUUUUAUUUUAUACCAACAUGAAAAGUGCCAUUUUUAGAAUAUCUUUAAAGCUUAACAGUUAUCCUCUUAAUAUCAUUUGUGUGCUAUUUACCUAUUGAAGAGCUUUAGUUUUUUCGGCUACACCACCUAUGUGAACUAGUGCCUUUGGGUAUCAUGUAAAAUUUUUCCAAAAGGUUACUUUAAAAAAUGUUACCAGAACUAGGAGAUAAUUUUAAAAUGACACAUUAAAUUUCCUGCAUAAAUGUUGCCUGGAUUUUUUCCCAGGAGCUAAGGUUUUAAUAACUUUAUUGCUUAGUGAAUUUAUGGCACUGAAAAGAUCUGAGUGUGAAUCUACUGAAGUCAUAAUAACGCACAUUGAAGCUAAGAUGGUGCUUGAGUAGUGUGGUCACGGCAACACGAUGCUUGUAGAAUCUUCUAGAAGAAAAGAAACGAAGGGACUGAUUACAAGCUGAGAAUUGAUGAUUAUCUAUUUUUCUGUAUUUACUUCCGAUUUAUUUUAAUGUUCAGAAAUGAACCCUUGGAGUUUGAUAUGUUGUCCCUUCUCAUUGCUCUUAUUACCAAUUCAGAAUAUAUUACACUUAGGCUGAAAUUCUGUCAUUCCAUUUUUGGAAGGUGAAAUAUUAUCCCCUUACCUAAAUGAUAGCUGAUAAAGAAGAAAGCUCUAGAAAUAGAAAUUAUGGAAAGUGAUUAUUUAAGUAUCAAGAAAAAUAAAGAGAGAAUGUGAUCACCUCUUCCAGUUGCUCACACUCGGCCACUGCUCCUGAGGGUGGAACUUCUUAACAAACCGAACCCUAAACAGUCACUAUGGAUUAUAUUUUUCUACAGCAAACACGGUGCUGUGGGUUUUCCUUUUCUUUAGUUUUUUCUUCAUCAUUUAGGAAACAUUAUUUCUCACUGUUAUUUGCAUACUUACUUAUCCUGCCGGCCAAUGUAUGCAUUACACAGGAAAAUUAAAUGUUAUCACUAAAUUUUUGGUUUGGGGGCAAAAUAUAAAGCUGGAAAUAAUGCUGGUGUAAAUUUGAGUUGUUUUACAAACAAAGCUUUAUGUUGAACAUGCAUGUGAAUCUGAAUAUUGCCUCUUAUUUUUAAGAAAAUGGUUCUGUGAGAAGUGAAUGACAUGUAUUUUUACAAAUGCUUCCUGGUUAAGAGUGUUGAAGUCACAUGUCUCCAAAAUUUGAGAUAUACUGAAGAAAGAAUUUUAAAGCUAGCCAUUUGGGUUCAUAAAGCAAUUAUUAUUUUACCCUUAGAGCCUUACACUUGUUUCAUGAAGAUGUAUGACUUGCAUAGCCAAAAACAGACAAAACAAAACAAAAGUCAAGGGGAGAAAAAAAAAACAACAAAGAAGUGAUUUCUUAUAACAGAGCUCUGUUAGUCCACAGUAACAGUUGUUUGACAUUCAUAGGAAUGGAAACUUUGUCAGUAUCUUUUUCAAAUGACCUUUUUAAAGUUUAAGUGGUUUUGCAUAUAUUUGUCAAUACAUAAAAAAAAUCCUUGUAAAUUAGGAAUAAAAUUUUCUCAGCUUCCUGAAGCUGCUCAACUAUCCUUGCCACCUCAAGUCCGAACAAGAUUUUCACAAUUACUCCUUUUGUUUAAUCCUUGGGGGAUUCAUUUUAAUACUUUUUACUCCCAACAAAAUUACUCACCUGGAUUAAAGAUUAAGCCUUAAUCUGUUCGGAUUACCUUUAAUCUCCAUGGAAUUGUGAGACAAGACAGCCCUAGUUUUUCAGCUGUAGGCUAUUUUACAGCUAAUUGCCCAUAAAUAGUAGCAUUUUGACCUGAAAUACUGAGUUAAUUGUCUUGACAACUCAGAGCCCCUCAAUUGCUGUCAACUUUCCCCUUUGUGUCGUGCAGCCCUGACGUCACUGAGCCUGUCAUCCUGUGCUCCAGAAGGAAGUGGAGGAGCUCAGAUUUCUCAAGCAAAGAAAGCCCCUCCCUCCCUUGCUUUUAUACAGGCUGCUCCUGUUGAACGACUGGGUAUCUCCAGUCCACCAUCGUGCUGAGUCUAAAAGCUGACCUGUGUUUGUAAUUUCACUUUCAUCUUGCUUAAUAAAUAUCUGCUGGCUUCUUUCAUUCACUUUUUAAUAUUUGGAUUUAUGUUUUUCAUAAAAGGGGUGUUCUGCUACUUGAUUGCACUCAACUGGCAAAAUGGAAAAUGAGGUCUAGAAAGUCUACGAAAACAGGAAAAACAAAGUGUGUAAGAGCACCGGCUUUCUAGAGGUGAACCCCAGCAAGCACAUGGACAGGGCACCUUUCUCCAAAUACUGGAGUAUGUUUCAGGGAUCUGAGAUAGGUGGCGCAUUUACUUCUGUGGAGAAGUUGAAACUGUUACCAAGGAUCGUAGCAAUUGCUGGGUAUCAUUUUUGCACAUUUAUACGAAUUUUCAGUGAUCUUUCUGAAAGCAACUGAGUUACUGUCAUCAGACUAAAUUUGAAAUUUCCUAUUUCCUGUAUAAUGAAUGAAAACAAAAAACUUAAUCCCACAUUUUCAAGAGAGACAUGGUAUGCCUUAAUUGAAACAGGGUGGUGAAAAUUAUAUCUGUAGCAAAACAUACACAAGUGGUUUCAUUUUAACUAUCACUUUAGGCAAACCACUCUCGGAAUAAUCACUUAAACAAUUUCAUAGAAAUGAUAUAGGCCAACCAUGUUUAGUGUUCACUUCAGUAAGUUGCAAAAACAAUCUACGUGUUUAUUGUAAUAGGCCAUUAGCACAGAAUACAAUUUUAGCAAAAGUCUCUCAAUCAUUACUUUUUCUUAAAAACACCAUUACAGAUGUUUUUAAAAAUGGGAUUUUUAAUGCACUUUAGCAAAAUAGAAGGCAAAGGAUUGAUAGAGCCAUUAUU